UUGUUUUUCUUGUUGCGGGUUAUUUUCAAUAAUUUUUGAGUUGACGCUUGGCUGAGUUUUAUGCAACACCACGAUUUUGGUGGUAUUCAGUGAUCAAUGCUCCAGUGACUCGCACGGGCCCCACCGCUUCAACGUCAACCACAUCGAUACAAUGUUACACCUGAGAUUUGUCUGCAUGGUAGCUUUCGCUCUGCUGUUGGGGCUGCUGCAGAUCAGCCAACCCGCAGAUGGUUUCAUUCUCCGCUUAAUCGCAGAGACCCUGCAGAACAAUGUGGCCGGUGAGCCCAUCACACACGAGAACACCGAAUGGGACUUUGAUCCGGACUCGGGAAAGAAGGCGCGUGCCCUUUAUUUUGAGAAAAACGGAUUCCGUUCAGCCAAGUUAAUCGAGCGACUGGGCGCGGGCACGGAUGGCUGGCACGAGGAGAGACGAGUGGAGCAGGCUCUUCGCGAUAUAGGUCGCCUCAAUGGCGAGCACAAUCAGAAUUAUCCGCCUCCACCAGUUUAGCCAUAAAUAAUUAUCAUUUACAUCAUUUAACUCUUAUUUCAUUUGCCAAGCCAAAUCCCAACGAGUGGCUGAGAGGCUGAGUCGGGAGUGGGGGGGGCGUGGAGCGUGGGCUGGAAAUAUCCCCUAGGCAGAUCCAGCACAUUGUCAUCAUUUUAAUUUGCAGCGAUUAAUUGUCAUUGUGCGCAUUAAUGUGCUUCACAAGGAUUUGCAUAAUUUGCACAACGUUGCCAUAUGAGAUUCUAUAUAAUCACCUCUUUGCCUCUCUCUCUCUCU